AGGACUUCUGGUUUGAAUUAAUUCAAGACAUAACAUGUGAGCAAUGGCUGUGAGGUCCAGUAGCCAGUGGUUCUUUGCGUAAUUGUUCAAAAGGACAUUUUGAGGUGCUUGUCCAGAUGUGAUUAUUUCUCUUCAGUAACAGGUCAAUCAUAUAUUUCUUUCAUCUAACUUUGUGCUUUGUUAUCUACAAACUAAUAGGUCGUUCUGUCUACAUACUAUCCGGCCAAGUGGAGGCGUAGGUAGCGUUAAAGGGUGGCCGCCUGUGGCUGUGUGGGAGUAUGCGUGUGUAAACGAAUCUCUGUACUCAACCUUCCUCUGCAAUCUCAGCCCCCUUCUCCAAGCUCAUCCCCCUUCUCCUCUGUUCCCCUCGUCCCUUCUCUGGACCCCGAUCCCCUCGAGCAGAUCAGGGUUGUUACAUUGGUUUUCAGAGCCAAAUUUUCUUCCCCUCACCGCCGCUGCACCGCCGGAGCUUGGGAGGUGGAUCGGUAACAUCCACCGCGUAUGGUGCGAGUCCGCUCGCCGGAUCUCGCCCAAAAUCCGUCACAGGGUUCGAUCCCCUUUCAGGCCGAAGCAACGGCGCCGUCGAAGCCCUCCGUUGCGACGCGGCAAGUCCUGGAGGCCAUGGAGGAAGGGAACGCCAACAUCGCAAAGAUGCUCGACUCCCUCCUCACCAAGCUCGACGAGCAGACCGCCCUCCGCGACAAGCAACUGGAGGCGCAACUCUCCUUCAACAACCAGAUCGCGCAGGAGCUGCGGGGUCUUGCGCGGCAGCUCGAUCUGACGCAGGCCGACGUUGAUGCGACCCGCAAGACCGUCGACUGCUCGGCCUCACAUGCGGGAUCCGUCACCACGUUGGUACCACCACCGCCGCCGCCGCCGCCGCCGCCUCCGUCUCCGCGUCACCAGCCCCACCACGCGGAACCCCAUCGCCCCGCUUCUGCUCACGCUCGCUUGGGGGACAAUCGACCACCACUCAUCCCGGUUCCCCCUCUUGGUGCGCCCAUGGCUGGGGUCACCGCGCCGCCGCCCAGCCCCAACUACACAGAGAACUCCUACCACAAACCACCGAAACACGAUUUUCCCCGUUUCGAUGGAUCCGCACCCUACCUCUGGUUGGAUCGGUGUUUAGCGUACUUUGAGCUCUACAAGGUGGGUCAACAUGUUUGGGUGCCCACCGCUGCUCUGUACAUUGAGGGCCAGGCAGCACACUGGCUCCAGGCGUUUCGCCAGAGCCACCGCAACUUGUCAUGGGACAUGUUCGCCGCCGCCGUGCUUGAAGAAUUCGGUGCAUACGAGUUCGAGCUCACCAUGCACUGUCUCCUUCAACUACAGCAGACGGGCAGCGUCGCCGAGUAUCGCACAUUGUUUGAUGAGCUCAUGUAUCAUCUUCUGGCGCUGGAUCCCUCCAUCAACAACAAAUUCUUCAUCACCCAGUUCUGUUUGGGCUUGAAGGACGAGCUACGCGCAGCAAUUUGCUUACAAGCCCGUCGAGCAUCACCCGCGCGUCUGUGCUUGCGCGCAUUCAAGAGGAAGAGCUGGGCACGACACGCCCACGGGUCCGACCGGUUCCUCCAGGGCGCCCGCCUCCACCAACGAACGCGGCGCCGCCGCGGCAAGCGGCUGUUCCACGCGCCACCGGUGACGAAUUCGCACGGGAGCGACAGCUGCGAGAUUAUCGGCGCGCCAACAAUCUUUGCUUCAAGUGUGGGGACAAAUACUCCCGGGAGCACCGCUGCGCGCAGCCGGCACAAUUGCUCACCAUCCAUGUGGGGGAGCAUGGCGAGGUUCUCUCCGACAACGCGAUCCAUGCUCUCCAACUCUUGGACGAUCCCGAACCACCAGCGCGGCUGGCGGAGUGCUACGUGCUGUCAGCUCAGGUGCUGGACGGCUCCGAUUCGCCAAGUACCAUUUGGCUGCGUGCUCUGGUGAGGAAUCAGGUGAUGCUGCUGCUCCUCGACUCGGGCAGCACCCACAGCUUCGUCAACAAGAGCUUCGUCGACCGUAUCGGCGCGCAAACUCAACCGCUGCCUCCGGUGGAAGUACGUGUCGCCAACGGUGAUCGCAUCACCUGUGAUCGCAUCGUGCCCGAUCUGAAAUGGUGGAUGCAGGGGCACACCUUCUCCACACCAAUGCGGGAGCUCGACAUCGGCGCCUAUGACGGCAUUCUGGGCAUGGACUGGCUGGCAUAGCACAGUCCCAUGACUUGCCACUGGCAAGACAAGUUUGUCUCAUUCAUCCACGACGGCGAACAAGUCACGCUGCGCGGCGUCAAGCCCAAGACCACCGAGACCCUGACGGCGGUGGAACCAGCAGAGCUUCACAAGUUGAUCGCCGGCAAUAAGGUGUGGGCAAUGGCCAUGGUGGAUGCCUGCCCGCCUGUCCAGACUAAGCGCAAGACACCGAGCCACACCCCACUCGCCGAUAUCCUCGACGAGUAUGCAGAUGUCUUCGCCGCGCCCCACGGCCCGCCACCACACUGACAGUAUGACCACGCCAUCACGUUGGUGGAAGGGACGAUUUCGGCCAACACUCGCCCCUACUGCUACUCUCCCCUGCAGAAAGACGAGAUCGA